UAUCUGUAUAUAUAUAUAUAUAUACCUGGGUCAAUUGAUUCUCCUCACAAUUCCCCCCUGAGUUUUUACGGAGCGGAUUCGCCGAUCCCGCGCAAUUCAUCAAGCUCAGUUGUGAAUUCAUUGGGAACCAUGGCAACUGGACAACUUUUUUCCAAGACCACCCAGGCAUUGUUUUAUAACUUCAAGCAACUUCCCAUCCAACGGAUGCUUGAUUUCGAUUUCCUUUGUGGGAGAGAAACGCCUUCUGUUGCUGGAAUCAUAAAUCCUGGUUCAGAGGGAUUCCAAAAGCUCUUCUUCGGUCAGGAGGAGAUUGCAAUCCCAGUACAUUCAACCAUUGAAGCCGCAUCCGCUGCUCAUCCUACAGCUGAUGUAUUCAUUAACUUUGCAUCAUUUAGAAGUGCUGCCGCUUCCUCCAUGGCUGCUCUCAAACAGCCAACUAUCAGAGUUGUGGCAAUCAUAGCUGAAGGUGUGCCUGAGUCAGACACCAAACAGUUGAUAGCUUAUGCAAAGGCAAACAACAAGGUUGUUAUUGGUCCAGCUACAGUUGGAGGAAUUCAAGCUGGUGCGUUUAGAAUUGGUGACACUGCUGGAACAAUUGACAAUAUUAUUCAAUGCAAGCUGUACAGACCUGGAUCUGUUGGAUUUGUCUCCAAAUCAGGCGGCAUGUCAAAUGAAAUGUACAAUACCAUAGCCAGAGUGACAGAUGGAAUCUAUGAAGGUAUUGCAAUAGGAGGAGAUGUGUUUCCUGGCUCAACGCUAUCUGAUCAUGUUCUGCGAUUUAACAAUAUUCCACAGGUAAAACUGAUAGUUGUUCUUGGGGAACUUGGUGGAAGGGAUGAAUACUCCUUAGUUGAAGCCCUCAAACAAGGAAAGAUUAAUAAGCCUGUGGUUGCUUGGGUCAGUGGUACUUGUGCAAGGCUCUUCAAGUCUGAAGUUCAGUUUGGUCAUGCGGGAGCAAAAAGUGGUGGUGAAUUAGAAUCUGCACAAGCAAAGAAUCAAGCCCUACAAGAUGCUGGAGCAGUGGUCCCCACCUCAUACGAAGCUUUUGAAGGAGCAAUCAAAGAAACAUUUCAGAAAUUGGUCGAUGCAGGAAAGAUUGCUCCCCUGAAGGAAGUGACACCUCCACAAAUUCCUGAGGAUCUUAACACUGCAAUUAAGAGUGGGAAAGUUCGAGCUCCUACACAUAUUAUUUCUACUAUCUCAGAUGAUAGAGGUGAAGAGCCAUGCUACGCUGGUGUUGCAAUGUCCUCUAUUAUUGAACAAGGAUUAGGUGUGGGUGAUGUCAUUUCCCUAUUGUGGUUCAAACGUAGCCUUCCUCGUUACUGUGCACGCUUUAUUGAGAUUUGCAUCAUGUUGUGUGCUGAUCAUGGACCUUGUGUAUCUGGGGCCCACAACACCAUUGUAACUGCCAGGGCAGGAAAAGAUCUAGUGUCCAGCCUUGUUUCUGGGUUGCUAACUAUUGGUCCUCGUUUUGGUGGUGCUAUUGAUGAUGCGGCUCGGUACUUCAAAGAUGCUUAUGACCGGGGCCUUACACCUUAUGAAUUUGUGGAAAGCAUGAAGAAGAAAGGCAUUCGGGUGCCAGGAAUUGUUUUUCCUAUAUUUUGUUCUGAGUUUUGCCUCUUCGGCCUGUAUGCAAUGUAUGUAUAUAGGAUAAAGAGAGGUGACAACAGAGACAAGAGAGUGGAACUGCUACAGCGAUACGCCCGCGAAAACUUCCCAUCUGUCAAGUACAUGGAGUACGCGGUCGAGGUUGAAACCUACACACUCUCCAAGGCAAACAACCUCGUCCUCAAUGUCGACGGUGCCAUCGGAUCGCUCUUCUUGGAUCUCUUAGCUGGUAGUGGGAUGUUCACUAAGCCCGAGAUCGACGAGAUUGUCGGGAUCGGUUACCUCAAUGGGCUUUUUGUCCUCGCCCGCUCCAUCGGUCUCAUCGGGCACACAUUUGACCAGAAGAGAUUGAAGCAGCCCCUAUACCGCCACCCGUGGGAAGACGUUCUCUACACCAAGUGAAAACCCUUUUGUUUCAAUCUUCUCAUCAUUGAUUCCAGUUUUUAAUGUCAUCCACGCAUGAAUUGAAUUAUGUGACUUUUAUGAUAUACACCUCAAUUUUUUUUUUGUGACAUUAUUAUGGAGGAUAUAAUUUUUUUUAUAUAUUAUAUUUUGCACUUAAUUAUAUGACUUCUUCUGGGGUUGAACAUCUGGAAAUUUUGGUCUUAAUGGAGUUUAAAGAAAAAUAUUGAAAAGUGAAAAAAUAUAUAAUUAAAUACGGGAGAAAUUU